ACAUUUCCUGGAGAAAGUCAGACACAAAUGUAACAGAAACACAUUGAGAAGCUUUUAUAUACAGUGGCAUUGACAGUAUGGAUGUUGAAGAACCAUGGGGUCAGUUGGUCAGUCUGACUGAUGUUGAUACUGAUCCUAUACCGUUAUCCAAAGAUAGACUUACGAUCGGCAGAGCACCAGACUGUGAUAUCCCUUUUGCUGGAAACAAACUAGUUUCUGGACACCAUUGUAGUAUUGAGAGAGAUGCAGAUGGUCAAGUCUGGCUUAAAGAUUCAAGCACAAAUGGAACACUCUUGAAUUUGAAAUGCAAAGUUACAAAAGGAAAUCGGAAAGAGUUGAAUCAUGGAGAUGAAUUUUAUAUUGUUUACAAGAAAGAUAAUGUUGAGUUGAACAUUGGAUACAUUUAUCAAAACAUGGCAGAGCUGGAGAAGGAACAAAGUCUUGAGGAGACACAGGAAUACUCCACAGAUGAUGUAUUGGAGGCCACACUGGCUGAUGAUGAUAUAAAUGAGGUGGAGUCCACGGAAAAUUCUCCAAAAUCAAGAAAGAGACCUAAUGAACCCGCCUCCCCAAUGGAACCAGCAAAGAAAUUUAAAAGUGAAAAAAUAGAGAAAUUGGAAAAAUGUGAGGAAAAAAUGGACAUUGAGAAGUCUGUAGAGUUGAAGAAUAAGUCACAAAAUGAAACAUCUAUAGCAGAUCAAGAAAAGUGUACUUCAAAGACUGCCCAAACAAAAAGUAUCAAAGACAGUGAAGCUAUAGCUGAGAAAAAAGAUGAGAUAGAGGAGGCUUUAGUAUGCAUCAUAUGUCAGGAGAUCAUGCAUGACUGUGUCAGUCUCCAGCCCUGCAUGCACACAUUCUGUGCAGGUUGUUACUCAGGUUGGAUGAAGAGGUCUUCAGAAUGUCCUUCUUGUCGACUUAAAGUGGAUAGGAUCAAUAAGAACCACAUUGUGAACAAUCUGAUUGAGGCUUACCUCAAAGAACACCCAGAGAAGAAGAGAUCAGAGGAAGAUAUUAAAGAAUUGGAUGCCAAGAACACGAUAAGUAGAGAUAUGUUAUAUCCUAAGGAGCUGAAGAACAAGGUUUUUGAUGCUGAUGAAAGUGGAGAGGACAGCGAUGAUUAUGAAGAGGAUUCUGAUGAAAUUGAAAAUGAACCUUCUCCUACAGUGACAUUGAAUGACCUCAAUCCAGCUUUUGGGUCAUUUAGACACUGGAACCCAGUGAGGUUUGUUUGUCGACAAUGUCCAAACUAUGUUGAUCCCAACACAGCUGGUACAGGUGUUCUGGGAACAGUUAUCAAUACAGUGAGGAAUUACUUCGGUGGCAACCAGACAGUGCCCACAACACAGGUCAACCAGGCAGUGCCCACAACACAGGCCAACCAGGCAGAGUCCACUACAGAGGCCAAUCAGGCAGGCCCAUCAGGAGGUGUUCAGUCCACAACCAAUCAGAUGGGCACCUCAUCUGAUGACAGUCAAGGCACACUGCCUACAACAUCAACAGAGGUUGAAGCUGAUGAUUUUGAAGAAAGAAAGAAGAAAGAUGACACAAAACAAGAUGUUACUCCCCAGCAGUAUGUGUGUGUUCCGAACCAGAAUCACAUUCUCUGUCAGUGUUGUUUACAGCCAAUGCCAGACAGACGGAUCAUAAUGGACGCACGACAACAAUGUGCUCUGUGUUUAAGAUCAUUUUGCCAUGCAUACUGGGGUUGUAGAAAAGCUGAAUGUAUGGGUUGUAUAGGCAGAUUCAAAGAUAUAGUUUUUGGAAGAAAAUGUCUUCAAAAUUUGAUUUUAGAAAACCCCUUUGAAUCUGAGAUUUUAAAGAACUAUCUUGAAGAGAAAAAAAUUACAUUGAAUGAGAUGAAAGAUGUGUGUAUGGAAAAAUUGGAUACAGGGUAUUACAAAUGUACAGACCAGGGACGACUGAUAGUGACAUCUAACACAACAGUUUGUUAUCCGUGUGCUCUGAGGAACUUUAAAGAUUUAGCGUAUUGUUAUAGGGCAGAUAUAAAGAAAGAGGACUUACCAGAGGCUGUUACGAAAAGAAAUGAUUGCUACUGGGGUAAAAACUGCAGGACCCAGAAAAACAGGCCUCAUCAUGCUCAGAAUUUUAAUCAUAUCUGCCAGCAGACAAGAACAGCAUAGUGGUAUAGAUGGUGGAAAUUUCAACAUUCCUACAUAAUGUACAAGACAAUCACUGUUAUGUAUCAAAUCUCUGUUGCUGAUUUUUGUGACUCAUGCUUUGUGUGAUUAGUGUGGGUGAAUGUCCUAUUUUACAUUCUAGAGUUAAUGUCACAUAGAACAAAUAAGUCACCAAAAACACAGCAAGAUUUUACUUAAUUGUAUCAGCUUUACAUAGUUUAUAGAGGUAUUUUAUGCUAAGAAGCACAUUUGAAAAAAAAAAAAUCUGCAUGUCAAAUUUUAACUUUAGAUUGAACUGAUUUUUUUUUGUUUUAGCUUUUUAAAAAAAGUACAAAUUCACAAUUUCUCCAUUUGCUAGAUUCAAGGCAUGGUUUGUGUGGGUUCAGAAUUAUAAGUGUACCUAGAUCAAGUUUGUUAUUAUGUGUGUAAAUGAAUGGUACAGUGAGUGUUCCAAGAAUAUGGCUGCAGUUUUCUAUAUUUUCCCAUGCACCAUCGACUUUUUUGUAUUUUUCAAAUAUACCAUAGAUAAAGAUUUACAUGUAAAGACAUAAUAGCUUAAAGUACAAUAUAAUGUACAGUAACUCAACAUGUACAUGCUGAAAUCUACAGAAAUGAUAUCAUGGAAUAUGUGGUUAGAUAAGGAAUCCUCUCCAUGGACAUGGCUUUUAUUCUUUUUUCUGUUCAUAUAAAUUGCUUGAAAUAUUUUAUUAGUAAAAAAAGCUAAUAUCUGUGGGUUUGUAAAAAUGCAGUUUAAAACAUAAUUUGUUACCGUUAUGUGAUUUAGAUAACCAUGAUGUCUAUAAUGUGAAAGAUUAUAUGUCUUGUUAUAGAAUACUUAUUAAGUUUUGAAGUUUCUUUUUGUUUUGGAGUCAGAAAAGACUAUAUUUAGUUUUCAAAUUUUCAUAUGGACUCAUAUUUUUAAAAAAAAAUUAUGAUAAAUGCACAUGUGUUUUAUAAUAAAAUCAUCAAUAUAAA